AUGGAUUUGGAGGAAAAUGUGAGUUUUUCAAAGGGAAUUCGAGUUUUUUGUGCUUUUUGGAGCAUUUUGAGCCCAAACUUGAUGAGUUUUGGAAUGAUCUUUCCAGCCAAGUCAAUCAGGAUCUUGAUUUCUAUUACUGGAAAGAUCUAGGAGCUUCCAAAUCUCGAAAUUCCGGUCAUUUUGAGACCAAACAUGAUUGGUUUCGCUGAAGUUUUCGGUUUGAACCCUGAUCUUUCCAUCUAUGGCAAUCUAGAGAUCAGGAUCUAGAAAAUUCCAAAAAAAAAACACUUAUAUGAUAAUUUAAAGCCCCCAAAACACAUUUUCCUCCGAAAAAAAUUCAAAUUUUUCGCAGAACCCGCACGAAUCGCAACGCCGUCAACUGGAGCUUCGUUUGAGCCAAACCUAUCUCUCCACCAAUUAUCGAAUGUAUUUCAAAUAUUGUCAACUCAAGAAGCAUUUCUCAAAAUUUCGCCUAAAUUCCAGUUUCCCGCCCGAUUUACACGCUCAUCAUUCGGAACAGAUGCGCCACGUGGAUUUGACGAUUUUGCGAAUUCGAAGUGCGAUUUCGACGCUGGAAAAUCACACGAUUCCGAUUGGCGACUAA